AUGGAGACGUGGGUUGACGCCAUCGUGGGAUGCUUGAAGCACGAGCUGCCCGACAUGAUCUACCUUAACAUGCAGGAGAUGGGAGGAAAGCACAAGGAAAACGUCGCCGUGCUCUCCCGCCCCGACAACAUGCUAUCACAAAUUCUGGAUCUGCUUUGCAGCAGGUUGACAGCAAGGAGAGAGGAGGUUGAGAUGAGGCAGAGCAGUGACGUGAAGGAGCAGGAGCUUGAGAGCUUCACAGGGCUCGCUUGCAUCUUCUUUGCCGAUGAGGAUCUGCUCGAUGCCGGGGUGAUCAGGUCGAUCAACUUGAAGACCGGGGAGGAGGAGGAUCCCCGGCAUGCACUUGAAGCUCACGACCCCCAGCUCUGCAUGUUCACGUUUCUGCCUCCUGCUUGCCAGCACGAGAAGACGCACGAGAGCAGUCGGAAAGGGUUUCUGCUGAGUCGCUGGAGGCUCGGGGAGCUCUCGCUGCUAGAUGUGGCCAACGUUCACCUCCUGCACGACAGCAACAACCUUGAAAGUGCUGCCUCGUCUCCGUCGCGAGCUGCGAGGUGA